GGGAUCCGGUGUCGCCUGCAGCUGGCAGUGCGGCGGGCGCGGGCGCCGGAGCGAGCGGCCCGCGGGGCCGGCUAUUAAUAACGCAGCGGCCGAGCCCGGGGUCGCGCAGCCAUGGCUAGCCCGGAGCCCCGGCGAGGCGGGGACAGCACCGCCCAGGCCGCGAGGGAAACAAAAGCAGAGGCUCAUUCUCCUCUUGAAGAGAACUCUGAAUCCCUGAACGAGACAGAGACCUUGAACCCAGAGGUUAUUCUCUCUUUGGAGGGGACCUUGAACCUAGAAGACAUUCUCUACCUGGAGGACACAGGUGACCUUGACGAGACACUCUAUGUGGAAGAGACUGAGAAGCCAGAGGAGACGCUGUACAUCGAGGAGCCCAGGCAGCCGGGUGACGAGACAGCCCACGCGGAGGGGCCUGGGAAUGCAGAGGAGACGCUGUACGUGGAGGAAACUCGGGAGCCAGAUGAGGUUCAGUUUGCGGAGGAGCCCGUGGAGCCUGUGGAGCCAGCAAAGCCCACGAGCCCAGAGCAGAUUGUUUAUGGGGCAGAGACCGUCACUAGGGAGCAGAAGCCUAACCCCGAGGACAGCCUCAGAGCCGAGCCGAGCCCCAGCACGGAGGAGAACCUGAGCAUAGAGGACCUGGAAUUGCUGGAGGGGCGAUUCCAGCAGUGUGUCCAAGCCGUGGCCCAGCUGGAAGAAGAGAGGGAUCGGCUCAUCCACGAGCUCGUGCUGCUCCGGGAACCGGCCCUGCAGGAGGUGCAACGCGUCCAUCAGGACAUCCUGGCUGCCUACAAGCUGCACGCCCAAGCAGAGCUGGAGCGGGACGGGCUGAGGGAGGAGAUCCGGCUGGUCAAGCAGAAGCUGUUCAAGGUGACGAAGGAGUGUGUGGCCUACCAAUACCAGCUGGAGUGCCGCCAGCAGGACGUGGCUCAGUUCGCCGAAUUCCGGGAAGUGCUGACUACGCGGGCAGCCCAGCUCUCGGAGGAACUGGCCCAGCUACGGGAGGCCUAUCAGAAGCAGAAGGACCAGCUGCGGCAACAACUGGAAGCGCCCCCGAGCCAGAGCGAUGGGCACUUUCUCCAGGAGAGCCGGCGACUCUCUGCCCAGUUUGAAAACCUCAUGGCGGAGAGCCGCCAGGGCCUGGAGGAGGAGUAUGAGCCUCAGCUGCUGCGGCUCCUGGAGAGGAAAGAGGCUGGGACCAAAGCUCUGCAGAAAACCCAGGCGGAGGUCCAGGAGAUGAAGGAGGCUCUGAGACCCUUGCAAGCAGAGGCCCGGCAGCUUCAGCUGCAAAACAGGAACCUGGAGGACCAGAUCGCACUUGUGAGGCAAAAACGAGAUGAGGAGGUUCAGCAAUACAGGGAACAGCUGGAGGAAAUGGAAGAACGAAAGAGGCAGUUAAGAAGUGGGGUUCAACUCCAGCAACAGAAGAAUAAAGAGAUGGAGCAGCUAAGGAUCAGUCUUGCUGAAGAGCUCUCAACCUAUAAGGCUAUGCUACCCAAGAGCCUGGAACAGGCUGAUGCUCCCACUCCUCAGGCAGGUGGAAUCGAGACACAGUCUCAAGGGGCUGUUUAGAAAUAUACGGCCAAAUCUGUAACCCAGAAACAACAAAAAAAACCUUCUUAGCAAAGGAUCACUAAGUGCCCUUUGGACAUACUGUCCUCCAAACAAAGGAGUGCCAGAGACUUGGCAAGCAAUUCAUCCUGUGAAAGUUGCAGACACUGGCUGACUCACUUAAACAGAUUCUAGAGUUGGCUGGAGGCAGAACACCAGUCAACGCUAGCUGGAUUCUAUUUCAUAUGCUGCUGGUACUGAUCUCAAUGCACUGAAGAAAGGAAAAUGAGCCUCCUGUCUUCCAGCAGCAACCCUCACAUAUACGCUGAGUAAAGGAUGAAUGUAUGGACACAACCUGCAGUAUUAUGAAAAAUGUAUCUUGCCUUGUCAUGACCCAAACUAAAAACAUUUUUGGGGGAGGACAGGUAGGGUCAAAAAGGCAGCCAAUUUUCAUUACAUGGGUUUACAAUUUGAAUUCUUUUGUGCCAUGAGUGUUAGAUUUUAAAUGAAUCCUUUUACAAAAUUUAUUUUCUUAAAGGCCAUGCUGACUCAGUUUACUCUUAAAAUUAUGUCAAGAUAAUUUUCGCUAUACUCUACAACUAGACUUGGAGAUACGGAACCAAUCCAGAUUAGAACCUAAUGGUUAAAGGCUAUUCAGAUUUUCCCCAAAGAUCUUACUUCAUGGAAGUGAUUUUGGGUCAGACUGAUUUAUUUGGUUAAAAAAAAAAACCAAAACCACAAACUGUUUAGAAAGAACCAGGCAUUUUAUCUGGUUAUGGCACUUGGUGAUAAAGGCUUUCAGGGCCUGUUAUUUCUAACCUCUAAGUACAGGCCCCAGUGAAAAACAUACUGGGGAGAUUCAACCUCUCUCUGAGAAAAGGUUCAAGCACCUUUUCCAAAUUUAAAUUUUGCCUUAAAUUCUCUCUACCACACUGCCUUUGACACAUUUGAAAAACCCAUGUUCUCUAGGGAUAGACUUCAAAAACAUGUUAUUUUAUCAAAGACUAAUCCACGCCACCUCUGAUUCAGUGUUUUAUGUCUUUCACUUUUCCUGGGAAAGAGUAAAGUUCUUUUCUAUAGCUCUGGGUGGGUCUAUUAUAUUUAAUUCUGCUUCUGACAGUCAAAGACCAUGGAAAAUAACUGUCAUUUGAACUCUUUCUAGAAGCCAGACUGGUGUUUGAUGGAUGUUAUAUACUAAAUAAAACCCAUCAGCAUGGGGUUAUGUAGAAAAGCAAUUUAUUCCAUUUUAAGCACUUACACAGUUAGUCAUGGAGAGUAACAGGCCUGCUGGUGAAACAGGUCACCCAAAAUGGAGAUGGCAUCAAACUAGUGGUCAAGGACUAACUCCUAAAAAAAAGCAACUCUUAUCAAGGAUUAAUUUAAUUUUAAAAACAAAUACAAGUUAUUGAUUCACUCUUCUCAACUUGACAGUCUACCUGUGGUAACUGUCAGGUAAAAACAUACAUCUUUACAACUUGGUGGUCCCAAGUUUAAAAAACAAAACAAAAACCAUUUCACAGAAAGGAAAGAAACAAUAUGAAAACAGCUCAAGAAAUACACUAACGAGCAAAAAUAUAUGGGGAAAGAGGAACAUGUAGUUUUGACUUAAGAAACUGAGACUGGUCUACAUAGGAAAAUGUGCAUCCUGGAAAGUCAGGUGUGAAGAUUCUAGAGUAGGAAUCUAUGACUUGAAUCUCCCCUAUUUCCUGAAUAAAAAUGAAACCUUGCAAUAUUUAUA